AUGAUUCAGUCCAACCACGGCGGUGCAGGGUUGAAAGCCAAGAGUGCGGCGAGAACGACCAAAAGAACCGUGUCCGCUGCUGCAGGGAUCGCCGGCAAAAGGGCGGACAAGAGGACAAGUAGAGUCGACGAGGCCUCUAGACCCGCGAAGACGCCAAAGACCUCCGAUGAAAAUGUUCCCAGGGAGGUUGCAGUUGCCGUCGCCGCUCCCGAAAAUGUCGUCGGUAAAUCAUCGGUGACCGGCCACGAUGAGUCGGUGGACGGCAACAAUGCACCACGUCAAACCUACGAAUCUACGUGGACUGCUGACAACUACGUGCGGUUGUUGCAGAAAAGUCUUACGAAUGAAUGUCAAUCACAUAUUAUUUUGAAGGGCAGUUGUUGUCUUGACGCCGCUGCGCCCGGGAUUGGAGAGGACGAGGUUGCGGUCUUAGUGAAACGGGCGAUAACCGCGGUACAGGCCAAAAGAAUAUUUUCAAUACAUGGAUAUUAUCCAAUAAUAUCAGAGGAGCUCAAGAAAAGAGGUUGGAUUGAAAAAAAAAAUCCAGAUUCCAAACCACUGAAUUAUGAAUAUUUAUUUACUACAUUGACAUUAACAAACAGUCGUUCAAUUUGUAACGUCAAGUCACCACCUUCGUUAACUUCAAGAACAGUGGAAUCUUUAAUUAUUGAAAAUAUAGAAAACACAUAUUUGUGGUCGGUAAUCAAAGACGUUAGCCCUAAUUACAUCUUUACCACGAACCGAUAUGAUAUUAAUUGGAAUAUAUUUAACGAUACGACAAUGAUGAGCCAAUUGAAUAAUUUAAGUUUUUGCACUAAAGUUGGAUUGGCCGGAACCGUUAAUACGAUAUCAAAAAAAGUCAAUAUAAAAUUUCCAAGGACCUACAACAUUUCAGACACGAGGACAAUGGAUUUUUUUAUAAAAGAUUAUCGACUAACAGCUUUGUUGGGUUCCUUGAAGAACAUUCUUAGUUCAAAAAAUUCACAAAAAACAAUGUUUAGUAAAAACGGAACAGUUCCAUACGAAAUGAUCGACUUCAUUGAACAGCGUUGUUGGGAAUUCGUGCACGCUUAUCAAACCAAAGAAGAAAGUGAUAUGCUAUGGUUUACAACAAUAUUAGAAGAUUGCUGGAACAAAUUUAUGGUUUGGUAUUAUGAAAUUAUAGAAAACCUCGCUACCAUUCGUGUUUGUAACUCGUUUCAAAUUAGCGAUAUUUAUGAGCGAUUUGACGGUUUGGAAUGUAAAAUUAAAACAUUUUGUCCACAAUUCUUCAUCGAUGGUGAUACAAAUCUGUGGAUCGUAAAACCGUCUAAUCGUUGUUCCGGUAUAGGAAUAACAUUGGAAAGACGUUUCACCAAUAUUUUGAAAAAUAUUAAAAAACCCAACAAAUUUAAUAAAACUUACAUAAUACAAAAAUAUAUAGAAAGACCUUUGCAGGUAUUUAAUGUCAAAGUGGACCUGAGACAAUACUUUUUAGUAACAAACACAUAUCCCAUACAAAUAUGGAUGUACAAGGAAGGAUAUGUACGAUUUUGUUCCAAGAAAUUUACUGUUGAAGACUUGGGUGAAGAAGUUCAUCUUAGCAAUGUAAGAGUUCAAUCCACCAAUAGAAAAUAUAGAGUACCCGGUGUACCGGAGGAAUGUAUGUGGGAUUUUACACAGUUUAAACAAUACCUGAAAUCAAUUAAGAAAGGCGACAAGUGGCAGACAUCAAUAUAUCCUACAAUCUGUGAGACAAUAUCGACUAUCAUCAUCAAAUCUUUUAAGAAGGACAUCAGAAAGACGUUUGCUUUUCAAUUGUUUGGAGCAGAUUUCGUACUAACGGAACAUUUUGAACCAUGGUUAAUAGAAAUUAAUAGUAAUCCUGGCUUGAACCCAACUACGAAUAUUAUUGCUAGAAUUGCCACGACAUUGUUAAAAGAUAUUAUCAAAGUUACAGUAGAUUUCCCACUUAAUUCAAAUGCAGAAACUGGACUUUUCGAGAACAUUUACUCUGACACACUUGUAAAACAUUGUAACACGGAGAAAAACAUCACAAAAGAAUAUUAUUACUACCAGUCGUCUAAGAAUACAAAACAAUUAAAUAAACAAAGCCACAAAGGUAUUCAACAGAAUAAAAAGAAAAUUGUGAGAUGA